GCGUUUACCAGAGUCAAGAUGGAGGGGAAAUGCAGUAGACAUGACCAAACCAAGCUGUCGCUUUCCCCACUCACUGUGGCCGCCGGAGUCCCCAAUGCCGCCGUCGGCCGCCGCGGCCAGGCACCCAAGGGUGCUGCUGCCCUUCACCUCCGACACCCUGCGCAUCCCCGACGAGCUCGCCGCGGAGGUCGGCAGCGAUGAGGCCCUCGUCGUCGGCCCCACCGGCGGAAAGGCCAAGCCUUGGCGCGUCGAGGUCGGGUGGGACGGCGAUGGCGCGUUCCUGGGCCGUGGGUGGCCAGGGUUCGCGGCCGCGUGCGGCGUCGCCCCGAGGUGGCUCCUCGUCCUCCGCCACCGCGGCCACGGCGUGCUCUCCGUCAAGGGAUUCGACGCCGACAGCUGCCUCCUCAGGGAGCACGGCGCGCGGCCGCCACCACCAUCAGCAGCAGUUGAAGCAACCACGGGCAGCCAGGACACUGCCCGUAAGCUGCAGUUCCUCAGAGUGCUUCCAAAAGAUUUCAUGGAAAAGAUGCUAAUACCUGCUAAAAUUGUGCAAUACAUCCCCAAAGAGCAUUUGGACUACCGUAAGGCCAUUGUUUCUGGCCCCCUUGGCAAAGUUUCUCCCAUCGAGCUCGAGAUGAAUCAGUCAGGAGUGUUCUUCAGAGGUGGCUGGUCACAGUUUCUAGUGCUUCGUGGCAUCACUGAAGAUAAUUCUUUGCUGUUGAGGUAUGAGGGCAACAUGGUGUUUACAGUCAAGGUCUUUGAGGCAGACGGACACCAGAGAGAGUCUAAACAUAAGGACAUUGGAACGCAACAAGUAUCAACAUUACCAGAUAUUCGAGAGCGGCAGGAAGAAUCAUCUGUUUCCAUUCAGAAGCGUUGCAACAGUAAUUGGCUUAACAGCGGUGGACAAAAGAUGCAAAAAGGUCCCAUUACUCGUCUAAAGAAUGCACCAUUAUGGAAGAAAUCUGUCUUCAAGAUUGGGCCGCCAUCAUGGAUAAAGAAGGAGAUAAAUGCCAACUCACUUAAAAGGGAACUUGCUUUGUCAGCAGCUUUCUGUGGUGCAAUUGGGCUGCCGGAACAUUGCACGAUCACGCUCAAGACCUCAAUGAGCAGUACCGAAUCCUGGCAGGUGCUUGCUCUCCCAUCGAAGAAGGGGAGCUACCAGCUUAGGAAUGGUUGGAUGAGGUUCUGCAAGGAGAACAGCCUCAAGAUAGGAGACAUCUGCACCUUCAAUGUCAUCGAGACCACAAUGUGGCACGUUGUUGUCACACGGCACACGGUGUAAGGAAAAGAUGAAUCAGCUCUGUUAUGUGAGUUAGUACUGAAACACCUCUCCUUUUAUCCUAUGAAACAUCAACAUUAACACAUCAAAACAGCAGGAAUAUCCUUCUAUUUCCAGUCGGAUGCAUAUGAGCAAGAGCAAGUGCCCAAGAAGUAGAAGGAACAAGAGAUCAAAUGGCUCCAGGAGUUUUUUGAACAAGACAGCAUUUCACAGGAAAUCUUUCUAUGAGAUUGGGCCCCCAUCUUGGAUAAAGAAAGUGAUCAACGCCCACACCCUUGGAAAGUAUCUUGCUUUGGCAACAAGUUUUUUGUGAUGCGAUUGGGUUGCGGGAAUCAUGUAUGAUCAUACUUAAGACGUCAAUGGACAGUACCAUAUCUUGGCAGGUGCGUGGUAUCUCAAUCAAGAAUUGUCACAGCUUCCUGCUUAUAAAGGGCUGGAGGAGGUUCUGCCAGGAGAACAGUCUCAAGAAAGGUGACAUCUGCACCUUCAAUGUUAUCGAAACCACAGUUUGGCAUGUCAUUAUCACGCGCUAUAAAGAAAAGAUAGAUCAGCCCUGCUAUGAAAAACCUUCGGCUUCUAGUAUGAAGCGUAAGAGAGAGGAUGACAGGUCAAUUAGUGAAGAACAAAAGAGGCCAAAAGGCUCCAUGACUUCGUGGUGCAAGGCGUCAUCAAAGACAGGAUGCAUCUUUGAGAUUGGACCACCAGCUUGGAUAAAGAAGGAGAUCAAUAUGGGGGCAAUUAAAAAUCGUCUUUAUUUUCCACCGGUCUUCUGUAAGGCGAUUGGAAUCAGGGAACCUUGCAAGAUCACCCUCAAGACCUCAAUGAGCAGCACCACAUCUUGGCAGGCACGUGUUGUUCCGUACAAUAGGAGCAGCCACCAUGUUAGUGGUCUCCAGAGGUUCUGCCGGGAUAAUGGGAUCAAGGUGGGGGAUGUGUGCACCUUCAAAAUCGUUGACACUACCCUGUGGCAUGUCAUCAUUGAGCCUCGGUUACCUAGUACCAGUUAGCACAUCAAUUCACCUGUGUUUUGGUAUCUGUUGUUAAAAAAACACAGGAUGUUACUGUUCGUAGCAUUGGAUGUACAGGUUUUACCGGUACCUUGACUUGUACUGUUAUAAGUGCUUGAUUGGAACACUUCAGGGAGAGGUCCUGUCUGCAGACUCGGUGCAGUUACAAGAUCGAUGUCAUUGACUUAACUUCAUCGAAUUGAUUAACUUAGAUCGGGUGGUGAUGGAGAGGAAGUUUCGGGUUUGUAAGCUAGCUAAGAUUCAGGUUCUAGCCAAGGUUGAACCUUAGAGAGCAAUCAGAUGCAGCAAAGGUCAAAGUUCACGUUGUUUGUGAACCUACUAUGAGGCUAAAAGUUCGGUUUCA